UUAGGUCGCAUUUGAAGAAGAUUGCUUAUCUCUGAAACAUCUCUCCCAGCAGUUAGAUGGUGGCUGCGGGAGGAUUCAUUUCCUUAAUUAUUGCCUGUCCUUUAAGUUCCAAUCCUAUUUAAAUGCAGACUUGUGUAAGCAGAAAGGAUGCACAAGAGAAUUCAAACCCAGAAGAAUCUGUGUAUAUUUCAUCAAAUGGACUCUCCAAGUGUCUAAUCUUUCAAACCAUCUCUUCAAUGAGCAGUGACAUUUCUGCACUGGUAGGAAUCUGUGGAUGAAGCUUGCACACAAUGUUGUAGAAGAUAUCCUCGGCGCCAGAGCUAAUUGAAGUGAUUUAUGUCCCCUUUGAGCGCCUGCUGCGUGUUCAUAUAAAAGAAAAUGAAAUUUGUAAGUACGCGAGUUGCAUUUGUUGGAGUUGCUUUUGGGUCUGGAGAGUGAAACGAGGUAAACUGUCUUCCAAAAGCACGUCUAAAAGUGUAUCAGAAAACGUUUUGAGGGAAAAACGGUUCAAUAUUGUGACGGGAUCUUGAUCAUCAUAAGGGAAUACUGUGAGUUGCCUUGCACAGUCUGUUUAAUUGUGCUGGCCCAACAGUCCAGGACAGUGAUCAUUCUUAUUUUGAAGUGCCAAGAGUUACCACUUAGAUCCUAUACAACAAUCUAAGGCAAAGUGGCACUACAUUUCAAGGGUGAUUGACUUGCGUUAAGAAACCUCGAAUCCCGUUCAUUUAGUCAGCUCAUUAACUCCUGCAUCAUCAACUUUUUUUUUUUUUCCUCAGGCGCUUUUUAUGUGUGCUCAUCAAAUUUAGAUUUACCACACGUAUUUUAAAAAGGACCCAUUGAACUUGUUGAACAUUGAUGAAGGUUGGAGCCCAGAGGAUCACAAAAUCUGUCUGAACGCCGUUGAGUGUUUCCAAACGUAUGAUUUCUCCACACUAGGUCUUGGUGUGAGAGGAAAAUGAUGAUUGAUGGCAAACAGGCUUUAGACAGCAGACACUCAUCACUUUGCCUGUGAUUCUGAUUUAUCAACCCGUCAGGCAAUCUCUCAUGAGCCCUGAACACCCCUCAUCCCUUUAGGUUAUCAGUUUAAGAUCCUCUACUGCUUGCAAUAAUCAGAGAACUUGCAGACUGACAUAACACAGUAAGACAAAAAACUAGCACCCCAAAGCAAUUAUCAAAAAGCAUUACAGAUUAUGCUGGGACCCAGCCAAAGCCCUCAAUUCAAUACAAGUUGGAUUAUUUUCUAAAAUCACCUGGGAUAACAUUAAAAAAGAAAAAAGAAAAGAAAGAAAACAAAAAGACAAGUUUUUUGAGACAAGGACAAGAUAAUGCAUUUUCCUGGUUUGUUGUCACUGCAGGCCCUUUGGGUAGCUCUGUCUCAUGCCAUGCAGCACUACCCUUCUGUUUGGGGACAUUAUGACGUUUGCAAAUCUCAGAUUUAUUCUGAUGAAGGCAUAACCUGGGAUUACAUGGCCUGUCAACCAGAGGCGACUGACAUGACCAAAUACCUCAAAGUGAAGCUCGACCCCCCUGGCAUCACAUGUGGAGACCCACCCGAGACAUACUGCGCUUUGGAGAAUCCCUACAUGUGCAAUAACGAGUGUGACGCCAACACACCAGAGCUGGCACACCCACCAGAGCUGAUGUUCGAUUUUGAAGGCAGGAACCCGACAACUUUUUGGCAGUCAUCCUCCUGGAAGAAAUACCCAAAGCCCCUGUUGGUCAACAUCACUCUAUCUUGGAACAAGACCGUUGAGCUUACAGACGAUAUACUGAUAACAUUCGAGUCCGGACGUCCAGAGCAGAUGGUUCUUGAGAAGUCCCUGGACUACGGACGAUCCUGGCAGCCGUACCAGUUUUACGCUACAGACUGCUUAGAUGCUUUUACAAUGGAGCCCAAAACAGUCCACGAUCUCACUCAGCACACCCUGCUGGAUAUCAUUUGUACAGAAGAGUACUCCAGAGGAUAUGUGUGGAAAUAUGAUAAAACAGUUCGCUUUGAGAUAAAAGAUAGAUUUGCUUUUUUCGCUGGACCUCGGCUUCACAAUAUGGCCUCCCUCUAUGGACAGCUUGACACAACCAAGAACUUGAGAGACUUCUUCACAAUCACAGACCUCAGGAUAAAACUGCUGAGGCCAGCGACAGGAGCAACAAUGGUGGAUGAGGACAACUUGUCAAGAUACUUCUAUGCUAUAUCUGACAUAAAGAUACAAGGAAGGUGCAAGUGUAAUCUUCAUGCCAACACCUGCGUUUUUGAUGGCGGAAAACUGUCUUGCGAGUGUGAGCACAACACCACAGGUCCAGACUGUGGGAGAUGUAAGAAAACUUACCAGGGCCGUGCUUGGAGUGUUGGCUCCUACCUGCCAAUUCCAAAGGGAACUGCGAAUAUCUGUAUUCCCAAUAACCCCGGUCCAGUUAUAUGGCCGAGUGUUUCAUCUCUAGAGGUUGCUAACAACCGAAAGCAAGUUGCUCCACAAAUUGCUUUGCCAACUGCCCCCUCUGUUCAAGUUGCAAACAGCAAGAGAGACUGUAAAUGUAAUCCCUUUGGUUCAGACAAUGUUCGCUGUAAUGACACAGGAUUUUGUGAAUGUAAGAAGGGAACAACAGGGCCUAAAUGCGAUGAAUGUCUGCCAGGAUAUGUAUGGCACAAUGGCUGCCAACCCCGUGUGUGUGACAAUGAGCUUCUGCGCUGUCAGAAUGGGGGAGUGUGUCAUAACCACCAGCGCUGCCAGUGCCCUGCCUCAUACACUGGCAUUCUGUGCGAGAAGCAGAAAUGUGAGAACGGAGGUUGCGACGACUCAAACUCUGGCCAGGGAGCUCUCUCUCCUUCCAACUGCCAAGUGCUACUGCUGCUGCUACUGCUUCUAACUGCCCUGCUACAAGGGAUUAGUUGUCAUUCAACACUUUAAAAAAAAAAAAAAAAGCUUAUAAGCAGUCCACUGGCUUUA